AAAGAGAGAGAUACAGAACCCGUUAGUGAAAGACGUAGAUUUUAGCCGGCGUAUUGACAUCUCUGACAUGCUACUCUGCGUGAGGAAGGGAAUAGAGAAGAGAAGGAGAGAAGAUCCUCCAUAUAGGGCCUUACACAGAAGAAGUUCGUAUCUGUAAGAUUUCCAAGGUUCCUCUCAGCUCCAGUGAUUCAAGGAGAUAGCCAUGAAACUUCCUAUCAAUGUUUUUGUCCUUACAUUCUGCGUGGUUUCUGCGCAUGGUCAAAUGCGAAGGCCAACCAUCUGCCAUCAACCGCCCGUAACUGGCCCCUGCCGAGCCCGUAUACCAGCCUGGUAUUAUAAUCCUCGAACUUACUCCUGUGAAGAAUUCACCUAUGGCGGCUGCGGUGGAAACGAGAAUCGAUUCGACACGCAAAGAAUGUGCGAAGCGACGUGUUUACCCCAAAGGGGAAGACCGAAUGCCUGUGAGCAACUGCCCGAAACUGGUGUCUGCCGAGCCCGCAUACCAAGAUGGUUUUAUGAUUUUCGAUCAAGGACUUGCAAAAUUUUCACCUAUGGCGGUUGUGGCGGAAAUGAGAAUCAAUUCGAUUCUGAAGGAAUGUGUCAGGCGACAUGCCUACCAACACAUAGAAGAAAAAUCGUCUGCAGUGCCGACCCAAAUCCUCAACAGUGCUGGUGGGGUCCCAGAUGGUUCUUUAAUGCUUCACUCAGCAUCUGCCAGCGGCUUCCGGUUGGCCACUGCGCACGCACUGCUAACAGUUUUCCAACGUGUGUGCAGUGCAUGAGUCGUUGCACGAAUUACAACGCAAGAGGGGCGUGCCGCGAAAUCUUCAGGGCGCUCCCUGGACCCGGAGAGCCGGAAUAAGAUUUAAUCCAAGGCCCUCCUUUGGAUUAUGGAGAGAGUAAUCUUAUUAAUAAAGGGAAAAUGAGACAUCUA